AUGGCCCUGGGCAAGGACAGCUGUGUUGAAGCAACCAGCCUGGCCCAGGGCAAGUACGUCAAGGGCGGGAGUCGAACCCGCCACCCCAGACCCCAAGGGGUCUCCCCGGGUCCCCACUUCGGGCCGGUGGGAGUGGCCGGGGGCAGCCGAAGACGUUCGUGCGUGCGUGCACGCGUGCGUGAGAGCGGGCGAGUGCACGGGGCGAGCGGCGCGCGCGCCGCGAGGAGCCGGGGGCCGGACGGGAGCGCGGCGGCGGCGGUUGAGGCCCAGGCCAGGCCCCCUCUCCUCAGCCUCCCGCCCGCCCGCCUGCCCCGCCCCCGCUGGCGGCGCCCCGCCCCUCCCCUAACCGCCAGACAAGCCUGGUGCGGGGUCGGCGCGCAAAGACAUGGGGGAGAAGUUGGAGCUGAGGCUGGAGUCGCCCGUGGGGGCCGAGCCCGCUGUCUACCCGUGGCCGCUGCCGGUCUACGAUCCCGGAGUGAGGCCGCCGGCUCUGUGGUGAGCAGCAUUCCGCUAAGCCUGUGCGCGGCUUCCUGCGGAGGCUCUGACACCGUUAGUGAGAAGAGCCUGGGACAAACCCCACGAUGUUGCUCACGAAAUCAGCGAGACCAUCCGGAGGAAAACAGACGGAGAGUUACAUCCAGAGAACGAGUUGCUGGACCGCUCCCUGCAGAAGAACCGGGAAGAGUAAGACCAGGAACACAUGUGGAAGAAGAAGAAAGAGAUGAUAAAGUAAAGCCUGGUCACCUCCAGGAAGCAGAUGGUAGGCAGAUAACGCCGAGGCAAAUGAACCCAAUUCCCGGUCCGCCGGACCCAAUUACUGGACUGCCUGACGCCAGCGAUGCCGGUUUUGAAAUAAUGCAAGAAGAAGAAGAAUGCAGGACUUUUACCACUUUGCUCCUUAUUAUGACUCCCUGGACUGCGGUGGCCGCCCGAGGGGCGGGGACGCCAGCCGGGGCCUCCAGGCGUGUGUGGGCAUCUUGUCUGCAGCCAGCGUCCCCAAGGCCGCGCUCGGCCCAUAAUCACUCAGUAAAGCUGCGCCGCGACAGCGCGGCCGACUUUUUCUGGCACUGUGAGGACCUGUGCGCAUUGCAGGAUUCGGUGCCUCUGCCCGCCGUGCGCGCCUCCCUGCGGGAGGGCCUACUGGACUUCAACGCCGACCGCCUCCGCGGGGUGGACUGGGCGCCGCCCCUGAGCACCCUCUGCCCCCGAUCUGUAUCCAGAGCUUCUUCCAGCCACGGCUUGGCGAGACGGGUUCUGACAGAAAUAAGGUUUCCAGAAGUUGUGUUCCUGCAAUAAGAAAUAAAGAUGUGACCUUCCAGUUGUGUAAAGCUCUUAAAUGCUGUGUAAGUGCGUCGGGUGCGCUAAGGAACCUGGAGCUAAAUGGGCUAGUUCUGAGAGAGAGAGACUUAACUACGUUAACAAAGCGGUUGAGAAUCUGCCUGCCAAUGCAGGGGACACGGGUUCGAGUCCUGGUCUGGGAAGAUCCCACAUGUCAUGGAGCAACUGGGCCCGGGAGCCACAACUACUGAGCCUGCGCGUCUGGAGCCUGUGCUCCGCAACAAGAGAGACCGCGAUAGUGAGAGGCCUGCGCACCGCGAUGAAGAGUGGCCCCCGCUCGCCGCAACUAGAGAAAGCCCUCGCACAGAAACGAAGACCCAA